AAUACGUCAGAGGUGAGACAUUCCCUUUCAAUAAAAGCCGCCCGAUUCCAGGAGGAUCAGAGGACCAGGAGCAGGCAGGAAUUUUACUAGUGUUUUUACUCUCCAAAGACCCAACUGAUACUCAGGAUGAACAGGUGUGUCGGUGGAGUUUGUGUGUCUCUUAUUGUGUGCGCGUUUCUUACGGAAACACUUGGAAUGGUGAUCGCGGCAAAAGAGAAGAGAGGAUGGACCCUCAACAGUGCUGGGUAUCUCCUCGGUCCUCGUCGUAUUGAUCAUCUUAUACAGAUUAAGGAUUCUCCCAGUGCAAGGGGGAGAGAAGAUCUGCUUGGUCAAUAUGCCAUAGACAGCCACAGGAGUCUUAGUGACAAGCACGGGCUGGCAGGGAAGAGAGAAAUGCCCAUAGAGGAAGAUUUCAAGACAGGAGCUCUGAGGAUAUCGGAUGAGGAUGUUGUCCAUACUAUCAUAGACUUUCUUUCUUACCUCAAAUUAAAAGAAAUUGGGGCUCUUGACAGUCUGCCUUCCUCUCUCACAUCAGAGGAGAUAAGCCAACCCUAAUUUUGACCGAAUUCAUCAUUUCAUCAUCACACCCUGACCUCCACCGCGCCUGACUGAACUCUCUCUCAGAGGCUGUAUUAAUGUUUGAUGUCUUCUCCACCGCACUGUUCUCGACACGCUAUUAUGUCAAUUUUACCAUGUUACUGUAAUCUGUCAGAAUCACUUGACUGCUGAUGUGGAGAUGGAUUGAAAAAAUAAAACUCAUAAAUGGCA